AUGAAGCUCAACAUUAUCGGCGGUGGUCUCACUCUUGCUUCGAUGGCCGGAUAUGCUCUGGGUGCAGUCUAUACUCUCAACGAGAAAAUUGUUGGCGAAGGUUUCUACAGUUCCUUCAACUUCGAGGCUAUCCCCGACCCCACUAAUGGGCGUGUGACAUAUGUGGACCAAGCAACGGCACAGAUGCUCAACUUGACUUAUGCCACGGGAGACACCUUCAUCAUGCGCGCAGAUGACACUACGGUUUUGACCCCCAGCGGCCCGGGCCGGAAUUCUGUUAGGAUUCGGUCCAACAGUCAGUACACACAGCACGUCGUCAGUGAUAGCUUUGACAUGCAGCACAUGCCCGAAGGAUGCGGGACGUGGCCUGCGGUCUGGGAAACUAAUGAAUCCAAUUGGCCUUUCGGCGGUGAAGUCGAUAUUGUCGAGGGUGUGAACGAUGUGGAGCCUAACCAGUCAACGCUCCACACUAGCCCUAAUUGCACCAUGCCAGCUUCUAUUACACAGUUAGGAACCCCAGUCUUAACCGACUGUGACACUGCAGCCAAUGGAAAUGCAGGGUGUGGCGUGCAGCUCACUGAAGACUACAACAGUUUUGGUCCAGGAUUCAACAGCAUAGAUGGAGGAUGGUGCACUACUACAAACCAUGUUUUCAAUACUGUUGCGGCUUACAGGUUCUCCCGUAGGUAUGCCAUGGAGCGCACAAAUGACUAUAUCAAGGUUUGGUUCUGGGAAAGACACGACAUAUUUGCUCCCUUCGACGCUACUACCGGUGCAUGGAUCAUCGACACCAGUCUCUGGGGAACUCCUGCCGCCAAUUUCCCUAACACCGACUGUGACCUUGCGUCUCAUUUUGAUGCCAACAACAUUAUCAUCAACUUGACGUUCUGCGGCGACUGGGCAGGCAAUUCGGCCGUAUACUCUGCUUCUGGAUGUCCAUCGGACUGCGUGAGUUAUGUCGACAACAAUCCUACCGCGUUUACAAAUGCUUACUUCGAGUUCUCGUCCAUCAACGUCUACACGUAGAUCGAGUCGUAGGAAAUGGUGUAAAUUAGCUUCACACAGGUAGUGUCUAUCUUGUUUUGCAACUUGGACUUCAUCGGUGUCACCUUCAAAAUUGAACUUGAGGAGGCUAUCUCACGUAAGUAACCACAUCGUAG